CACUGCGACAUAACAAUAGUUCUCACACUCCAACCUCUCUCUCUCUCUCUCACUCUCUCUCUCUGCGUUGGUAAUAAGCGGUGGAGGGGGCAGUGAUCGAUCAUCGGGUGCUGCGGAGAUGGAUCCAGACCAGUUGGCGAAGGCAUUCGUGGAGCACUACUACACGACAUUCGAUGCGAACCGUGCGGGGCUGGCGAGCCUUUACCAGGACGAGUCGAUGCUGACCUUUGAGGGCCAGAAGACCCAAGGCUCCCAGAACAUCGUCGCCAAGCUCACCACCCUCCCCUUCCAGCUGUGCCAGCACAGUAUCACCACCGUCGAUUGCCAGCCCUCCGGCCCCGUUGGCGGGAUGCUCGUCUUCGUCAGCGGUAACCUCCAGCUCGCUGGCGAACAGCAUGCCCUCAAGUUCAGCCAGAUGUUCCAUUUGAUGCCAACGCCACAAGGAAGCUUUUAUGUGUUGAAUGACAUAUUCCGUUUGAACUAUGCAUGAAGACAAGAUUAAACUCAAAUUCAACAAAUGGCGGAAACGUGGCCAAAAGUGCUUGUUUGCUUGUCACCGUUCAAUACUGGACAUAUCAAAUGGAAAAUGGUCUUUCUUUGGACAGUUAUUAUGUUUCAUUAUGCUUUUAUGUCUCAUAUGUCAGAGAUUCUUGCUUGUGAUUGUUUGGAUGAAAUAUACUUUCAUGCACAACUGUUUGAACAAAUUGUGUAUUAGAGGUUUGAAGACUUUUUACUUCAA